AUGACAAACACCUGGAAAUUCCAAAAGCCGGCUUCCCCCUCAGCCCUGGUAUUUGAUUGGUCAAACGCUCUUUGCUGCGCUACAGGUGAAUCACCGCUAAAUUCAUUGUCAUUUAGGAGGUGUCUCACUAUUAAAUCAAUACUCAAAACAUCCGCAAGAUUUUCAGAUUCUUUGACGAAAGUGAUGAGUGGCGGUGGCACCAGUAGAGGUUCUGGUCGUGCUCAUUUCCGGAGCAGGUUGGGCUGUUGCAUUUGCGGGACAAAGUCGUCUAGUUCGCGUUUCACAGCUUCUGAGCGCUAUGCAGAACACUUUGGUCCCUGUUUUGGUGAAGUCGCCGCUAGACGGUGCGGCGAUCUCUGCAACGCUUGUGUACUCUGCGUCAAACGUUGGAUUCAGCGUGGAAGGCAACCGGGCUACUUCUCGCAGGUUCUGGACAGUAAACAGGGUCCUGGUCCGAAGCACAUGAAGGAGAUUACAAAGCGGGCUCGUCGUCGAGAAGCCAAACAGCAGCAAAUGUUGCAACUCCAAAAGCAACUACUACAUCAACAACAGCAGCACGAGCUGUCUACACGAGGAAAUAGCCGCGUCUCUUCUUUGAUGGUGGGCACCGAUGCUUGUGGCGAUGUCAUCGUGCCUCCGGCUUCACCUACCAGCGUUGUGCGAACACGCUCAUCCGUAUCGCGAAAACUCGGUUUUGCCGCAAACAAUGCAGGCACCAUUCUUAAUGUGAAUUUGGCGGCUGAUUUUGAUGUUAUCAGCAAUCUGGCGGAAAUAUCAACCUCGUCUUCGUCAUCGUCAUUGCAUUACCCUCAAGGGCGGUCUGACACUACCUCCUUCCUCUCGGCGUCACUUUCUCGUUCAAUGGUUUUUCGCACUUCCCAUAUGGCACCAGCCGGAUUCGGUGAGUCAAGUAGCAGUCAGGUCAGUCUGUGCGACAGUCAUUCGCCAGCGAGCCUCCACCAUCUCCACGAAAACUUUCGUCCGCCGCGUCCACCGCAGGCGGGUGCUAUAUUGCAGGCCAAUGGUGGAUGCGCCACCAGUGGGAUCUCUGUCGGUGGUAUUGGUAGUGGUGGCGGUGUUGGCGUGAUGACUCGAGCUGCAGCUUCCGCCUCGGCAUCGAACUCCCUCGGCGGCUUCUUCGAUGGAGCUUCUUCGACGGCCUCCUCCACCACCUCUACACCCUCCACACCCACUCGUCGGCAGAAUCGGCGCACGCGUCUUCCGCCCGUCAAAAUCUCUUCUACUGGCCUCGAGGUACACGACAUACUGCGCAAGAUCCAAAAAGAUAAUAACAACAUGAACAUGGACAAUCGUCAGAUUAACAUGGCAAUGCAACGCGAGAUUCGGCUGCGGAACCGAAUCGUCAAUCCUCCUUCUACAGCCUUCAAGGGACCUCAGGCACCCACCGAUGCCGCGGCAGCCAACGUUAGCGACAACUCCGCUACCGCCGCUGGUGCUGUCACUGGCAACGCUGCCACCCCUGGUAGUAGUGACAAUCUCUCCAGCGAUCUUCGCGUCUAA